AUGUCCACGUCUGUCUCACCGCCUUCGCUCGUGUACUCUUCCUCGUCCGGGCCUACGUCUUCACCACCCCAAACGCCACCACGGCGUGCGCGUACGAUGUACCCCGCCGGCCUGGGCAAGGCCGGCGAGGCAGGGCGCGUGCCUUUACAUCGCCGCGGCACAAGCCGAACAUACGAGCGGCUGGAAGAUCUACUACGAGAAGCGGGGUAUAAAGAGACUCGCGUGGUCACGCCGCAGAAGCCUGGCGCCGGCAUGGACGAUGGAGAUGAUGAAGAGAAUGACGACGGGAAGGACAAGAGGGGCGGAGUUAUGAAGUUUCUGAGUGGGCUGGUUGCUGGAAGGAGCGUGGAGGAAGGGAGGAGGAAGCGGGAAGAAAGGGAGAGCUGGAGCGUGCCUGCCAGUCCAAGCGCACGAAUACGGCGGUUCGCGGACGAGAACGAGAAUAAUGCGCAGGGGAUGAGCGACGGAGAGGGCUACAGCCCGCGCGGGCGUACGCGGACCCAGCCGCAAGCCGGUCCUUCACGAACACGAACACAAACGCAACCUCAGACGAAUUAUCAGCAUCCCCUUCACGCAUCUCCACGAUCUGCACAACCGGACUUACAGCCUCUGACACGGACGACAUCUACACGGAACCCGCGCGUAUCGCAUUUGCUACCGCCAGAACGCGUAGCCAUACCGCAGCAUCCGACGUAUGCGCAGGCUUCACCCGCCCGGGCUAUGCUCAGGCAUAUGGCUAGUGCACCCAGUAUGGCCCGUACGCGCAGCGAUCGCGGAGUGCGAAGACCGCCUCCGCGUUCACAAACGCAUGCAGUGGACUUGACCGAUGCACCUUCGCCCUCGUCUUCGUACCACACCCCACCGCAACAACAGCAUCGGAGGAAAAAGAGCGCUCCAGAUCCUACGGAACCACCGUUACCGGCAACAUGGCUGGAAAGUGUAGCUCGGGCGUUGCUUGGUGUGCCCGGGGCACAUGUCGGACGACCACAGUCUCCUGUACCUGCGUCGGAUGUGGAGGACGAUGAGAGGAGAGUAGGCGGCAAUAUCAGCGCGAGCGCGAGCGAGGUCACGAUACGGCCUGCCAAAUCCGGUUCUGGAUCAUUAUCGAGAGCGGGUUCUACGUUGCUACGACAAGGUUUGGCGAGACAAGGAUCAACGAUAUCCGCGCUUGUUCGGGCAGACUCCACAUCCUCGGCCAUCCAAGAACGCGGACGUACACGCGCAAGACCACCCGCCGCUUUGUUACUGGGUGCCAGUCUUGCGGCUACUGCUGAGGCGUCAAGAACUCGGGUCGUAUGCCGGAGUGCGCCGGGAAGUAGAGCGACCAGUCGUGUUCGGGAAGAACCUGGUAGCGUCCGUGGAUUUAGGAAAGUCGCACCGGCGCCGAAGAAGACGAAGGCACAGUCACCUCUGCCUAGCCCGCCUGCAGUAUCUUAUCCACUACCCCGUGCUCGGGGAACCGGUACUGCGCCUCGUGCAAAAGACUCCUCCCGAAGACGGACGGGCCGGAAAAGCGAAGCUGCUAAGACUCGGCAUCCUGACUCUGGCGCAGUCAGCCUGAGUUUGCACGGUCACGCGGAGGGAGAAGCCUUCGAGUGGAGUAGUGAGGCGAGCAGCUCAAGUGAGAGCGAAGGGGCGGGGAGGGAGGUUGAUCUGGGCAUGUUGCUUCGAGCAGGCAGUCCGAGGAGACAGGCGAGCGUGCAGAGCCUGAGGAGACACUUGAGCAUGAGCUCCAGUGGAAUUCCGGGAGAAACGGAAGGGAAGGGCAAGAGGCGGAGAGGCAUACCCAGGGAAUGGGCAGACGGGGAUUAG